GCGACGAUAUGUGUCUCGAAUUAUUGGUAUCCGGUUGUCUGGUCAAAGUCGGCCUUUGCCAAUGUGGGAUGCUGUGAGCUUUCCGAAGCUGGCCGGGCCGGUCGGACGUGUCACGGUGACCAUUUAGAGAAAACAAAGGGCGCAGUAUACCAUCGAGUACUGGGCCGCAUCCCGCACACUUGGGCCUAAUCCAGCGACAUAAAUACAUCUGCAUUCCAUACCAACAAAUCGCCUCUCAAAUUCAAUUUAACACACAUUCAAUAUGUCUUCAACAAUUCCCUGGACACAAAUCAAAGCCUUGAGCUUUGACAUCUACGGAACUCUCAUCGAUUGGGAAUCGGGUAUAGCUCAAGCAGCACGAAACACCGCUCUGGCACCGUAUCUCCCAAAGGAUCACAAAGAGCUCAUGCUUUCGAUCGAGAAACACGAUACCACGGUCCAGAAAGAACAACCAACAAGUAAACAACAAGAUAUCAUUGCCGAAGGUCUUCGAAGAUAUGCCAAAGAGCUCAAGGUCGUGGAGAAUGGCCACCUUCAACAGAACCAGGUCGACCAAGCAGCGAAAGAAUAUGGUUCCCAGAUUGGAUCCUAUCCUGCUUUUACUGAUACUGUGAAAGCGAUACAGUCUCUCGGCAAACGGUACAAGCUCAUCCCAUUGUCGAACGUAGACCUCGCUUCUUUCCAGCAGACACUCUCGGGGCCUCUAAAGGGUUGCCAAUUCGACAAAGUAUACACCGCUGAGGAUAUUGGUUCCUACAAACCGGAUUUGAAGAACUUCCACUAUCUGUUGGAGCACGUCAAAUCGGACUUCGGUGUUGAAAAAGCAGAGCUUUGCCAUGUUGCGCAGUCGCUUUUCCACGAUCAUGGUCCAGCAAAGCAAGUGGAGCUGCAGAGCGUGUGGGUAGAUCGUGGUGGCGCGAUGGGCGGCGACCCCAGCGGUGCUUCUGAGAAGUAUGGCUUCAAGCUCCGAGUCGAAACUCUCCAAGAGUUGGCGGACACUGUUGAGGAUGCUUGGAGAAAAGUUUAG